GUGUCUAUUAUAUAUAUUAGGAGUAGUGGCGAGCAAAGUCCUUUGCCUUGGUAGCUAUUGCUCAUUUAUGUGUUCUUAUUGUUCCUAUUUCACUACUGCUCCACACGACCCGCGAGACUUCCCUCGCCUCUUUUCUCGUUGGCCUCUUUGAUAAACCUUUUCCUCUUUUUCCUGAGUCUCGUUCCAACCAAUGGAGAAGACUCUCCUCAAGGAUUUCGAGCUCCAACACAAGAAUCCCUCCGUCGAGGCUCUCCGCCGAUGGAGAUCCGCCGUCACUCUCGUCAAAAACCGCCGCCGCCGCUUCCGCAUGGUCGCUGAUCUCGACAAGCGCGACGAAGCUCAACAGAUUAGGCAGGGAAUCAAGGAAAAAAUUCGAAUUGCUCUCUAUGUUCAAAAGGCAGCAUUACAAUUUAUCGAUGCUGGUAAUCGAGUUGAAUACAAGCUACCGAGUGACGUGAGAGAGUCUGGUUUUUGUAUUCAUCCGGAGGAGAUUGCUUCUAUUGUUCGUGGCCACGAUAACAAGAUCUUAAAUAAUAUUGGUGGAGUUGAAGCCAUCGCAAGGAAACUGUCAGUUUCAGUGGAUGGAGGUGUUAGUGAAGAGAGUAUAAAUAGACGACAAGAGAUUUAUGGAUUCAAUCGUUUUACAGAAAAACCUUCUAGAUCGUUCCUGAUGUUUGUGUGGGAUGCACUGCAGGACUUAACUUUGAUCAUUCUCAUUGUUUGUGCUGUAGUUUCUUUAGGUGUAGGGAUAGCCACUGAAGGGUGGCCAAAGGGAACGUAUGAUGGUGUGGGCAUCAUACUCAGUAUAUUCUUAGUAGUCACAGUUACAGCUGUCAGUGAUUACAAGCAAUACCUGCAGUUCAGGGAUUUGGACAAAGAGAAGAAAAAGAUAUUUGUUCAGGUCACUAGGGAUGGGAAAAGGCAGAAGAUCUCAAUUUAUGAUAUAGUAGUUGGUGAUGUUGUUCAUUUAUCAACUGGAGAUCAAGUUCCAGCAGAUGGACUUUUUAUAUCAGGAUACUUUUUGCUCAUUGAUGAAUCGAGUUUGUCAGGUGAGAGCGAACCAGUAAAUGUAAAUGAAGAAAAACCGUUUCUUCUUUCAGGAACCAAAGUGCAGGAUGGUCAGGGGAAGAUGAUAGUUACAACUGUUGGCAUGAGGACUGAAUGGGGAAAAUUGAUGGAAACUAUUAACGAGGGAGGAGAGGAUGAGACCCCGUUGCAGGUUAAGUUAAACGGAGUUGCUACUAUCAUUGGUAAAAUUGGUUUGACAUUUGCCAUUCUGACAUUUGUGGUAUUGAUCAUAAGGUUUCUGGUUGAAAAAGCACAAAAUGGUGAGUUUGCCAACUGGUCAAUGGCUGAUGCACUGAAGUUACUGGACUUCUUUGCUAUUGCUGUAACCAUAAUAGUUGUUGCUGUUCCUGAAGGAUUGCCACUGGCUGUGACACUCAGUCUUGCUUUUGCAAUGAAAAAAUUAAUGAAUGACAAGGCACUUGUAAGACAUCUUUCUGCUUGUGAGACUAUGGGUUCAGCUAGUUGCAUUUGCACAGAUAAGACAGGGACACUGACCACUAACCGAAUGGUGGUUACUAAGACAUGGAUAUGCGAAAAAGCAAUGCAGAUAACAGGUAACGAGUGUGCAGACGAACUGAAAACAUGUACACCUGAAGGAGUUCAAAACAUCCUUUUACAGGCUAUAUUUCAAAAUACAUCUGCUGAAGUAGUUAAGGAUAAAGAUGGAAAGAACACAAUAUUGGGGACCCCAACAGAAUCGGCAUUAUUGGAAUUUGGCUGCCUUUUAGGUGCUGAUUUUGAUGCCUAUGCGCAGCGUAAAAUGUACAAGAUACUCAAAGUUGAGCCAUUCAAUUCAGUCCGAAAGAAAAUGUCUGUGCUUGUGGGUCUUCCUGAUGGGGGGGUCCGAGCAUUCUGCAAAGGUGCAUCAGAAAUAAUAUUAAAGAUUUGUAACAAAAUUAUUGAUUGCAAUGGGGAAGUUGUUGAUCUUCCCGACGAGCAGGCAAAUAAUGUCUUAAGUAUUAUAAAUGAUUUUGCUUCCGAAGCUUUGAGAACUCUUUGUUUGGCCUUCAAAGAUAUAAACGAAAUACACGGGGAAGCCAACAUUCCUGAUAGUGGCUAUACUCUAAUAGCAUUAGUAGGAAUCAAGGAUCCUGUACGCCCUGGAGUUAAGGAAGCUGUUCAAACUUGUAAAGCUGCUGGAAUAACUAUCCGCAUGGUUACUGGUGAUAACAUACAUACAGCAGAAGCUAUAGCCAAAGAAUGCGGUAUACUUACUGAGGGUGGUGUAGCCGUAGAAGGUCCAACGUUUCGUGACCUUUCUUCCGAGGAAAUGAUGGAUACCAUACCUAGGAUCCAGGUGAUGGCACGAUCCUUACCGCUCGACAAGUAUAAGUUGGUAAACAAUUUGAGGAGUAUGUUUGGUGAUGUUGUUGCUGUUACUGGUGAUGGAACUAAUGAUGCUCCAGCACUUCGUGAGGCAGACAUUGGACUUGCAAUGGGCAUAGCAGGAACUGAGGUUGCAAAAGAAAACGCUGAUGUCAUUAUCCUGGAUGAUAACUUCACGACUAUUCUGAAUGUUGUCAAAUGGGGACGUUCAGUAUACAUAAACAUCCAAAAAUUUGUGCAGUUUCAAUUGACAGUUAAUGUUGUUGCUCUGGUUAUCAAUUUCUUUUCUGCAUGUAUCACAGGAUCUGCUCCACUCACAGCUGUUCAGUUGCUUUGGGUGAACUUGAUCAUGGACACUCUUGGUGCAUUAGCCCUAGCUACUGAACCUCCUAACGAUGGUCUUUUGAAAAGACCUCCUGUUGCAAGGGGAGCAAACUUCAUCACCAAACCUAUGUGGAGGAAUAUCAUUGGUCAAAGUAUAUACCAAUUAAUUAUCCUUGCGAUUCUUAAUUUUGACGGGGAGAGGCUCCUCGGAAUUAGUGGUUCGGAUGCAACAGAAGUUCUCAACACUCUGAUAUUUAACACCUUUGUAUUUUGCCAGGUGUUCAAUGAGAUAAACAGCAGAGAUAUUGAAAAGAUAAACGUAUUCAGAGGCAUGUUUGACAGCUGGAUAUUUUUGUCGAUAAUUUUCGCCACUGUGGCAUUUCAAGUGGUGAUAGUUGAAUUCCUGGGAACGUUUGCCAGCACCGUGCCUCUAAACUGGCAAUUCUGGGUACUGAGCGUGUUAAUCGGAGCAGUUAGCAUUCCUAUAGCUGCUAUCCUAAAGUGCAUCCCAGUUGAAAGAGAUAACAGUAAGCAGCACCAUGAUGGUUAUGAGGCAUUGCCAUCUGGUCCCGAGCUGGCAUAAAGUAUAGGAAAACACUGUCAUUUUACGUAGUUUUGUAAAGACUUGAUGCUCUACGGAAUUUCCAGGCAAGACAAAACAUACAAGGGUUUUGGGAAUGAUAUGAUUGAAGGCAUAUAUCAACAAUGGUCCUCUCUGCUUGUCAGAACCAGCUGUUUGAGGAGCCUUUUUAUUCGAGGACAGUUCCAAAAUUUUACAGCUUAUAGUUCUCAUAAAUAUUCAUAGAAUUAAUUUGAAUAUUGUUAUGCAAUUCUCUAAAAAUCCUUUCAUGGACUCUUGUUACCAGCAUGACAAGGGAACGAUGUUAUCUGAUACCGAGCAAGAUGAUGAUGGAGAGCCUCUCAUUAUUAGCCGCUGCAUUUGAGCAGAGUUUUGACCGUUUGGUUUGUGAUUGUUGAAGUAUAGUGCUUACUGGUGCAUUUUUGUAGUGUACAAUAUACUUUGUUAAAUGUUUACAACAUACUUUCUUGUGCCUUACCUUGGAAUUUAUUUUAGUUCUAAAUCUAUACCACACCAUAUUCAAAA